CCAACUGACGGCGGCGCACUCCAAUAGUCGCCGGCUGCCUGUGAGGACAUUCCGAAGGGCGAGGGGUGGGCUUGGCCUCUCGAGCCUAGUUUCCCGGUCUCUCCCCGAGUCUGGGUCUCUGGGCUGUCCCCAGUGAGCGCCCAGGGGCGGCAGAACCCCAAGAGCGUGACUGACAGGUUUCCUCCAGUAAGAGGUGACUCUUGAAGCUCUGCAGAAACAAGUGUGUGUGUGAUUUCAAGGCACGAUGGCUGCAAAAGUGGUUCCUAUACCACCAAAGCCAAAGAGGUCCUUUAUACUGAGAGUUCCUCCUAACUCCAAGCUGGGCCAAGACCUACUUCGAGAUGCUACUAGUGGGCCCAAGACCAUUCACCAGCUGGUUCUGGAGCACUUCCUCACCUUCUUGCCCAAGCCAAGCCUAGUCCAGCCCAGUCAGAAAGUCAAGGAGACCUUGGUUAUUGUGAAGGAUGUGAGCUCAAACCUUCAGAACAGAGUGCAAUCUCAUACCUUAGUGAAGCUUCUACCCAGAGAAGGAAUCCAGCAGAAACAGGAGGCAGUGUCUCUGUGUUUGAAAGCUGAGUCUGAGGAGCUGGUGGUCUUUGAGGAUUUGAAUGUAUUUCACUCCCAAGAAGAAUGUGUAAGCUUGGAUCCUGUUCAGCAGCCCACCUCAGAGAUUCAAGACAACAGUAUUGGGGAGAUGAUGUUACUGGUCAGUGACAGUAAUCCUGAGGGUGAAGAUCUUCAGAAAGAACCUGUAGAGAAUGAAGAUCAGAGAGAAAGGUGUUCAGAUUGUGAUGAAAUUGAUUGCUCCGUGGUCUCUGAGCAACCUCCAGAUUGCCAGAAAGAGGAAAGACUAAAUACAUCCAUUCCAAAGGAAAGGAAAAUGAGAAAUCUUUUAGUUACCAUCAAAAAUGAUACUCCACUAGAGGAACUCUCAAAAUAUGUGGAUAUCAGUGUUAUCGCACUUACCAGAAAUCGGAGAACAAGAAGAUGGUAUACUUGUCCACUGUGUGGGAAACAGUUUAAUGAAAGUUCUUACCUUAUUUCCCACCAGAGGACUCACACUGGAGAAAAGCCCUAUGACUGUAGUCACUGUGGGAAAAGCUUCAAUCAUAAAACAAACCUUAAUAAACAUGAGCGAAUCCAUACAGGAGAGAAACCUUAUUCAUGUUCUCAAUGUGGGAAAAACUUUCGUCAGAAUUCUCAUCGGAGUCGCCAUGAAGGAAUCCAUAUAAGGAAGAAGAUAUUUAAGUGUCCAGAAUGUGGGAAAACCUUCCCAGGAAACAAAGAAUUUGUGAUUCAUCUGCAGAGUCACGAGGCUAAGAGGCCAUAUGGUUGUACAAAGUGUGGGAGGAGGUUUGGUCGGCUGUCAAACUGUACCCGGCAUGAAAAAACCCAUUCAGCAUGUAAGACCCGAAAACAGAAGUGGGAUCGGGAAAGGUCUGAUGGUCCUGCCUCAACCUGAAAUAUUCCUUAAGGAAUUCUGAAUUCCCAGGCUAUCUAUCUGAAAAGAUAGAGAUAAGAAAACCUCAUUAUAGCCAAAACUGGAUAAAUACCCAUGUUUGCUGAAACCUCAAGUUUUUAGAAAAUUCACAGGGGGAAGAAAAAAAACAAAAACAUCCUCAAGGGCUGUACCUCAGUUAGCAACCAGGCGUUUUGGACUAGAGCGAGCUUUUGUGAACUUGUAUGACAAUGUACAGGUCACAGAUCCCUUUCCUGAAAAAUGCUUUGAAAUAUGAGUCUGGGGGCUGCUUACCUUCAAGGUGAAGAGUGGUGAGUGUCCUGAAAGUAUAUCCAGCGUUUCCCCUACAUAGGAAUUCACACUUGAGAAAUAAUGUAAAGGUCCUUAUCUGGAACUGUGUUCCCCUAAAAGAACCAAACUACUGAUUUGUUAAGUCAACAGCUUCUAUUAGCAACUCAUAUAACCCUCUAAGG